ACUCUCACUCUGACAGUCUGCAGUUCAAUAUGUUGCCUGAGCAAUGCUGCGCACCGCAGUGGAAGCCAUCCUGCCGGUGUACCGGCCACACACCACAGCCCGAGCAUCAGUGCUCCAUUUGAAGGACCUGUGUGAAGAGGAGCGUGACCCUCACAAACCCCAGCCACCGCCCAACAGAGAGGAACACAACGGCAGCUCCAUGUGGAGGGAGGCCAUGCGUAAGAGGAGAUACUUGCUGGAGAGGGGCUCCCGGACAGGAGGAGAUGUAACAGGAGGAGGAGGUGUGCGUGGCCGGAGACAGAGGUCCCCAGACUGGCUGUAUGAUUCAUACUAUCGUAUGAGCCAACAGCAUCCACUUAUUGUUUUUCUGCUCCUCAUUGUGAUGGGUGCCUGCCUGGCUCUGUUGACUGUUUUCUUCGCCUCUGGGCUGGAUAUCGAGGAUCACAUCGUCUUUGUAAUCACUGUCCCCACUGCGCUGGCUAUUUUCCUCACUAUCUUUGUUCUGGCCUGCAUCGAGUCCAUCUUCAAGAAGCUGCUCCGAGUUUUCUCCUUGGUGAUCUGGGCCUGCCUGGUUGCCAUGGGUUACCUCUUUAUGUUUUUUGGAGGAAUCAUCUGUCCCUGGGAUCAGGUGUCUUUCUUCUUGUUCAUCAUCUUUGUGGUAUACACCAUGCUCCCCUUCUCCAUGAGAGAUGCCAUCAUAGCCAGUGUGCUCACCGCGUCCUCUCACACUGUCGUUCUCAGUGUCUGCCUCUCCUCUACAGUCGACCAUGUAGAGCCCCUGUUAUGGCAGAUCCUGGCAAAUAUCAUAAUUUUCAUUUGCGGGAACCUGGCAGGAGCAUACCAUAAGCAUCUGAUGGAACUGGCGCUAAAACAGACAUAUCAAGACACCUGCAACUGUAUAAAAUCACCCAUCAAACUGGAGUUUGAGAAGCGACAACAGGAACGUCUGUUGCUGUCUCUGCUUCCUGCUCACAUUGCCCGAGUGAUGAAAGCUGAAAUCAUACAGAGACUACAGGGGCCAAAGUUUGGUCAGGUGGAAAACACCAACAACUUCCAUAAUUUAUAUGUACAGCGUCACACCAAUGUCAGUAUUUUGUAUGCUGACAUCGUUGGAUUUACCCGCUUGGCCAGCGAUUGCUCACCUGGAGAGCUGGUCCAUAUGUUAAAUGAGCUAUUUGGCAAAUUUGACCAAAUUGCCAAGGAAAAUGAAUGUAUGAGAAUAAAAAUUUUAGGGGACUGUUAUUACUGUGUAUCUGGCCUCCCAGAGUCCUUGCCAAAUCAUGCCAAAAACUGUGUGAAGAUGGGUCUUGACAUGUGCGAAGCUAUUAAGAAAGUGCGAGACGCCACAGGAGUGGACAUUAAUAUGCGAGUUGGUGUUCACUCUGGAAAUGUUCUCUGUGGUGUGAUUGGCCUCCAGAAAUGGCAAUAUGAUGUCUGGUCACAUGAUGUGACUUUAGCCAAUCACAUGGAAGCGGGUGGUGUACCUGGACGAGUCCACAUCACCUCAGUGACUCUUGAGCACUUGAAUGAGGCAUAUAAGGUUGAAGAUGGAGAUGGACAGGAGCGUGAUCCUUAUCUUAAAGAGCAUGAAGUUGUAACCUACUUAGUGAUCAACCCAAAGGCAGAGAGAAAAAGUCCUCAGCACCACUACAGACCCAGACCCACCAUGUAUGGGACUAAAAUGAGAGCUUCAGUGAGGAUGACCAGAUACCUGGAGUCAUGGGGUGCAGCCAAGCCUUUCGCCAAUCUUCACCACAGAGACAGCAUGACCAAUGAGAAUGGAAAAAUCAACACUUCUGAUGUCCCCAUGGGCCAGUACCACUUUCAGAGGCGUUCAGAAAGAACAAAAUCUCAGAAGAAGCGUUUUGAGGAGGAACUCAAUGAGAGGAUGAUUCGAACUUUUGAUGGCAUCAAUUCUCAAAAACAAUGGCUCAAAUCGGAGGACAUUCAGAGAAUAUCGUUGUUUUUUCACAAUAAAACACUGGAAAAAGAGUAUAGAGCAACGACCCUGCCAGCCUUCAAAUAUUAUGUCACCUGUGCCUGCUUGAUAUUCUUCUGCAUUUUCAUUGUUCAGAUCCUGGUUCUGCCAAAAACUGCAAUAUUGGGAAUUUCAUUUGGAAUGUCUUUCUUAAUUCUGUCUGUGAUUCUGUUCAUUUGCUUCAUUGGCCAUUUCUUGCAUUGCGAUAAGACAGCUUCUGCAUCUUGGCUCUGGAUCCUUAAAUCCUCCGGAAUCAUAGCCAACAAGCCCUGGCCACGCAUCACCCUCACCAUGGCAACCACAGCCCUCAUCCUGAUCAUGGCUGUCUUCAAUAUGUUCUUUGUAGAAGACAACCUAACAUCCACAGAUACAGUUUAUAAUGCAUCAAAUGAGACACUUCUUCAGCCUGAUGGACAUCCCAUUUCUUACCUGGACAAUAACACAUUCUACCUUCCUUAUUUUAUCUACAGUUGCAUUCUGGGCCUGAUUUCCUGCUCAGUGUUUUUGAGGAUCAACUAUGAACUGAAGAUGCUAAUCAUGCUAACAGCUGUGGUGCUAUACAGCAUCAUCAUACUUCAAACACACGCAUCCCUUCUGGACGAGUACAGUAAAUUCCUCUACAAAACAGAGAUCCUGGAUAGGCCAGGAGUUCUGAAAGACUUGAAAACUAUGGGCUCUGUAUCUCUAUUUAUAUUCUUCGUCACUCUGCUUGUUCUAGCUAGACAGAAUGAAUAUUACUGUAGGUUGGAUUUCUUGUGGAAGAACAAGUUUAAGAAAGAAUGUGAGGAGAUAGAAACCAUGGAAAACCUUAAUCGUGUUCUGUUGGAAAACGUUCUGCCAGCCCAUGUAGCAGAGCACUUUCUGGCAAGGAACUGGAAGAACGAGGAUUUGUAUCACCAAUCAUAUGACCUGGUGUGUGUGAUGUUUGCUUCUAUCCCGGACUUCAAAGAGUUCUACACAGAAUCAGACGUAAACAAGGAAGGUCUUGAGUGCCUCAGACUACUGAACGAAAUCAUUGCAGACUUUGAUGAGUUGCUCUCUAAGCCAAAGUUUAGUGGAGUGGAGAAGAUAAAGACCAUUGGUAGCACAUAUAUGGCAGCCACUGGACUUAAUGCCACACCAGGACCAGAAUAUACACAGGAGCAUGACAGGCAGUACAUGCACAUUGGUACCAUGGUGGAGUUUGCCUUUGCACUGGUGGGGAAGCUUGAUGUCAUCAAUAAACAUUCCUUCAAUGAUUUCAAACUUAGAGUAGGUAUUAAUCAUGGACCUGUGAUAGCUGGGGUGAUUGGAGCUCAGAAGCCCCAGUAUGACAUCUGGGGCAACACAGUGAAUGUAGCAAGCAGAAUGGACAGCACAGGAGUGCUGGGAAAAAUACAGGUUACAGAAGAGACAAGUUGUAUCUUGCAGACAUUAGGAUACAUGUGCACAUGCAGAGGAAUUAUAAAUGUGAAAGGGAAAGGAGAGCUCAAAACAUACUUUGUUCACACUGAGAUGAGCCGGUCUUUAUCCCAGGGGAAUGUAAUGCCAUGAAGCAUACCAACAAACAUGCAAUGAACUGCAGACAUCCACAAAUGGGAAUAAAAGGGAUAUUUGUAAAUAAUUGUGCCUAGUCUUUAGAUGCACAAAGUAUUGGAUGUAUUAAAAGUGAUACCAUUUCUACUGUAUCUCAUAGGCAGGGUUUGUGCACAGGGUACUACUGUAAGUAUGGUAGAAAUUAUUUUGUAAGAAAAUCAAAUAUAACAAAAAGUGUUUUGAUGUUUUAAUGCCAUUUCUUUCUUUCUUUUUCUUUUUUAAAAACUUCAUUAAAGUUUAUAUGUACUUGUC